AUGCUGGUCCCCGGGCAGCAGCAGCAGCAGCAGCAGCAGCAGCACUCGCUCGCGCUCGACCCGCUCGACGAAUUGCACGCCGCGCUCGCAACAAUGCAAUCGCAGUACUUUGAGCUGUGGCUGGGGCAAUGGCCGCAAGCAAUCGACUGGACGGCCGCGGUCACGGCCACGCACGUCUCGAGCUCGUUGCGCUCACUCACGCACGCGCUGGCGCGCCAUCAGGACCGCAUUGGGCCGGUGCGUGUCGAGAACGAACUCAAUCGGUUCUUUGAGCACGUCGUCGCAUACUAUUUCGGCGAGGACGCGUUCGCGCUGCGCAUGCAGGCUUACGACGACAUGCUGUGGGUGGUGCUGGGGUGGCUGGAGGGGAUCAAGUUCACGCGCGAGCAGGCGGCGCUGCAUGAGCGGCGGCAUGGCGCGAGAGAUGCGGACGAGCCGGCUACGCAAUGGCAUGGCACGCAGUUUGUGUCGGCGUUCGCCCACCGCGCCCACAUCUUCUACGAUAUUGCGCGCCAGGGCUGGGACACGCGCCUCUGCGGCGGCGGCAUGACGUGGAACCCACACCUGCUGCCGUACAAGAACGCCAUCACCAACGAGCUGUACAUCUCCGCCAGCGUGGGCAUGUACCUCGACUUUCCGGGCGACGAAAACACUUCGCCCUUCCUCGCCUCUGGCUCCUCUUCUGGCAGCGGCAACGACGACGACGACGCGGCCCUCCCCCCCGCCCGCCCCCAUGACUCCGCCUUCCUCCGCGCUGCGCAAGACGGCUACGCCUGGCUGAAGCGCAGCAACAUGACCGACGACGCGGGGCUGUACGUCGACGGCUUCCACAUCACAGACUUUGGCAAGAACGGCAGCAUCGGGACGGGCAAAUGCGACGAGCGCAACGACAUGGUCUACACGUACAACCAAGGGGUGCUGCUAUCGGGGCUGCGCGGGCUGUGGGAGAGCACGGGUAAGACGGCGUAUCUGGAAGACGGGCACGCGCUCGUGCGCAGCGUUAUUGCUGCCACGGGCUGGGAUGCCGAGCGUGGUGAGGCUGGCGAGGCUGGCGAUGACGCGUGGCACCCCCUCGGCCGCGCCGGCAUCCUCCACGACGCCUGCGACAGGGACGCCACGUGCAGCCAGGACGGCCAGACCUUCAAAGGCAUCUUCUUCAACCACUUCACGGCUUUCUGUGCACCGCUUCCCGCGCAGCCCCGCGUCCCGGACGUCUCGUUUGGCGCGGACGCAGAGCUGCGCAGCUUGCACUUGAGCAGCUGUCGCGGGUACGCGGCGUGGGUUGCGCGGAAUGCGAAGGCGGCACUGGCGACGAGGGAUCAGGCGGGUAGAUUUGGCGGGUGGUGGGGCGCGGGCGUGGGCAUUGGUGAGGAGGGCAUCGUCGUGCCUGCGAGCGCGACGGACUACAGGAACGACGGGGACGUGCUGGCUCGCGAGCCGUGGUCGGUCUCGGACACGGACGCUUCUUCCGAGCCCUCAUCACAGUCGCAGCGGCCUCCACAGUGCCCUCGUCGCCCCGGCGCGCGCCGUGCGCGAACUGCGGAGGCGGCGGCGGCUGAUGAUCCGAAUGAUCGUGGCCGUGGCCGCACCGUCGAGACGCAGGGGGGUGGCGUGGCGGUUGUGCGGGCGCUGUGGGAGUUUGUGGCGUUGUUUGAGGGGGAGAAGGGGGAGAGUGAAUGA